GUCUGGAGGAGAAAGUGAUUAAAUCAAUUUAGCCACAAAGAAUCGUUGGAAAUAGCUUGCAGCUUGCAGGUUUAAAUGAUCAGCGUUGAGUGUUUCAAACACACAUCUCACCAAUACUUAUGCAAUGAGAGUCUGUUGUACAAAAGACUGCACUGUGGCACUGCUCUGUGCCAGAGUAUAUAUCCUGAGUACUCUACUCCAGAGUAGCAGCGAUGAUUUAUUUGAACGUGGAACCACAAUGAAUCUUUUCUCUUGCUCGCUGGAACAAACUUGACACUCAUUCCAACCAGUGUUGGCAACCACAAGGAGUGGUUGCGAGACUCCACUUCGCUUUCCAUUGGCACCUCUCUUUGGAUCUUGGAGCUAUCUUGGUCUUGAUGAGAUCAUAAAUUGAAACCACCAGCCAUCAACAAAGCCUCAAAAGCACCAAGAGACUUUCAAGUUCUUUGCAUCACAAAACCACCAAAAAAUGGCGACCACCACCACCAAACGCUCACGCCGCAUCGAGGCCGCCACAGCCCGUCAACGCUCCAUGAUUUCGGUCGACCUGGGCAUGCCCCAAUCCGCAGCCGCAUUGGUGAGUCUGCAUCAAACGACACGACGCAAGUGCCGCGUCAAGGGUGCCUACGUCCACACCAACAGCUGCAUCUGGUACGGUCCUCCCAAGGUGGACCUCAAGGGACUCGUGGGCGUCUUUGUGUCGUUGGCCAAACUUCCGCAUUUGGAACGCGUCACGGUGGACUUGGACAAUCUGGUGCUUCCCGUGACGGCAUUGACCAUUCUGUUGCGAGAUGCUCCUGGGCUGACCGAGUUGACAUUGUGUCAUUUGGCACUCAUGGGCACGGACGAACAGUUUCAGCAAUUGGCCGCCGUCAUGGAACGCAAUGCGACCCAAUUGACCCACGUGACACUGGUCCAUUGCUACGAUGGCACGGCCCGAUUGCAACGAUCCCUGGUCAACCUACCGGCGUUGGAGCAGAUCACACUCAAGGGCACUCGCGUCGCGCCAUGGAGCGAUGAUGGCGCAGUCGAUGACAAUGGCGAAAUGUUGGUCCAGUGGUGCAAAGCACCCAAGCUCAAGCUAUUGGAACUGGAGGACAAUGCCAACCUCCGAGAUGAACAUCUGUUGUACCUCUGCGAAUAUCUUUCUCGACCGGAUCUGGAGAGCAACUUGAACGAAUUCAAGCUGUCAUCCAGUGUGUUGGAUGGUGAGGUCGCAGGAAAUGCUAUCUUGGACAUGGCCAUGAUCAACACCAACAUUCACAAGUUGACACUGAAACUCAGUGGUUGCUGGAAAUCGUGUGGCGCCAGUGUCGCAUCCAUGAUCUGCGCCCCGAGCAACAAUCAUCUGCAGAACCUGGUUUUGGGAGUCUAUGGAGGACUGCCCAAGACAGUAGUGGCUCGAUCCAAAAAGAUUUUCAAGGCGCUCGGGUCCAGCAAGUGUCAACUCAAACGCUUGCGUCUUUAUUUGGACAUGGACUCUGUUCUGGAUGGACCCCCCGUCAUCAACGAACUGUUUGGAUCCGUGGAAAAGGCCCUGCAGUCCAACGACCGACUCAAAGAUCUUGUCUUGUACGAUGAUUGCAACCAGUCAAUGAGACUGCCGUCAUCCGUGAUCACCAAGCUACAAUUGAACAAGUCGGGCAUCCCUCGUCUGUUGCGCCGAAAGAAUACCAAUACCAGAAAAUUCCAGGCGUCCUUUGUCAAGGCCAUUGUGGAGCACAAGGAAGACAUCAACACUGUCUUUUACGCUCUGUUGGAAAAUCCAUCGGUGCUUCUGGCCGGUGCUCCAUCAUCAUUGCCUGCUACUAGUACUACCGACAGUGAAGAUUUGUCUUUGGAUGCCUGCAGCGACCACACUAGCAACAUGAUCGAAAGCCCAAUGUCUUCUCCAACACGAAACGACGAAAACAGCGGUCCUCAUUGGCGACCACAAGCCAUACUGGGGCAUCCCUUCCGUGACCUCCUGGAGCAUCGAAGGCAUCUUCAGCAAAAGCACUGCCGGUCGUAUCAAUCCAAUGACAGCAACUGCUCUUCCAACACGAUCGUUUGCGCUACCGGAAAGACUCCUGCAGCCUCCUGCAAACCAGACAAACAUCAUCACCAUCGUCUCUUUCCUCGACUACCGGUAUCGCUUCACCACUCGCAAGCCUAAGAUUAAUUCACAUGAAGUUUAUAACUAUUCUUUAAAAUUAGAAACCACCCACACUAC